AUGAGGGGCGCGGCCCCGCUGACGAUGAUGGACUUUGGCACGUACCGCGCCCACCUGGGCUUCAUGGCAAUAGACCUGUGCCUGGUGGUGUCCAGCCAGCCGCUGCAGCUCUUCAUAAAGGACGUCGACACGGGCGACUACGGCUACUCGGCACUGGUGUGGCACGAGCGCCUGCUGUACCCCGAUCAGAACGCCGCGAAAGCCAGGGAAGCCGCCAAGUCCAAGGGCGGCAUAUCCGGCCGCCUGCGCAGCCUGGGGCUGUGGUCGUGA